AUGCUAAACCGCCUACCUGAUGAAGCCGUAAAUGCUAAGCCAUUACUUCAGUUCAAAAUCCAUAGAAAAAUCCUCAGGAAUAAUGAAGGGCAUUUGACAAAGCUCUGGCUUCCUGUCCCCGUCGAGACCAUUACAGACAUGAUGACCCUCGGGAAAAUUCAGUUUAUUAAUUAUGUAACCCUUACCUUUCCUGUGAGCGGCAGUGGGAGUGAUAUAGAGGCACCCACAACCCUUACCUUUCCUGUGAGCGGCAGUGGGAGUGAUAUAGAGGCACCCACAACCCUUACCUUUCCUGUGAGCGGCAGUGGGAGUGAUAUAGAGGCACCCACAACCCAUACCUUUCCUGUGAGCGGCAGUGGGAGUGAUAUAGAGGCACCCACAACCCUUAUCUUUCCUGUGAGCGGCAGUGGGAGUGAUAUAGAGGCACCCACAACCCUUAUCUUUCCUGUGAGCGGCAGUGGGAGUGAUAUAGAGGCACCCACAACCCAUACCUUUCCUGUGAGCGGCAGUGGGAGUGAUAUAGAGGCACCCACAACCCUUAUCUUUCCUGUGAGCGGCAGUGGGAGUGAUAUAGAGGCACCCACAACCCAUACCUUUCCUGUGAGCGGCAGUGGGAGUGAUAUAGAGGCACCCACAACCCUUAUCUUUCCUGUGAGCGGCAGUGGGAGUGAUAUAGAGGCACCCACAACCCUUAUCUUUCCUGUGAGCGGCAGUGGGAGUGAUAUAGAGGCACCCACAACCCUUAUCUUUCCUGUGAGCGGCAGUGGGAGUGAUAUAGAGGCACCCACAACCCUUACCUUUCCUGUGAGCGGCAGUGGGAGUGAUAUAGAGGCACCCACAACCCUUAUCUUUCCUGUGAGCGGCAGUGGGAGUGAUAUAGAGGCACCCACAACCCUUAUCUUUCCUGUGCGCGGCAGUGGGAGUGAUAUAGAGGCACCCACAACCCUUAUCUUUCCUGUGAGCGGCAGUGGGAGUGAUAUAGAGGCACCCACAACCCUUAUCUUUCCUGUGAGCGGCAGCGGGAGUGAUAUAGAGGCACCCACAACCCUUAUCUUUCCUGUGAGCGGCAGUGGGAGUGAUAUAGAGGUACCCACAACCCUUAUCUUUCCUGUAAGCGGCAGUGAGAGUGAUAUAGAGGCACCCACAACCCUUAUCUUUCCUGUGAGCGGCAGUGAGAGUGAUAUAGAGGCACCCACAACCCUUAUCUUUCCUGUGAGCGGCAGUGGGAGUGAUAUAGAGGUACCCACAACCCUUAUCUUUCCUGUGAGCGGCAGUGGGAGUGAUUUAGAGGCACCCACAACCCUUAUCUUUCCUGUGAGCGGCAGUGGGAGUGAUUUAGAGGCACCCACAACCCUUAUCUUUCCUGUGAGCGGCAGUGGGAGUGAUUUAGAGGCACCCACAACCCUUAUCUUUCCUGUGCGCGGCAGUGGGAGUGAUAUAGAGGCACCCACAACCCUUAUCUUUCCUGUGCGCGGCAGUGGGAGUGAUAUAGAGGCACCCACAACCCUUAUCUUUCCUGUGAGCGGCAGUGGGAGUGAUAUAGAGGCACCCACAACCCUUAUCUUUCCUGUGAGCGGCAGUGGGAGUGAUUUAGAGGCACCCACAACCCUUACGGUGAACAGAUGA